UUCAGCCGUCUGUUCUCUGUGUUGUGUUGAUUUCUAGAGAGGAGAGGAAAAGAAGACUUGACGUUUGGAUUAACUUUAACUGCCUUCCCAGAGUUAUUGUAUUUCUUUUGCUACUUAUUUGAAAAGUCAAAGAAGUCGGUGGCAACAUCGGAAUUAGUCGAUGGAAAAAAUCUAACAAUGUUUAGCUUUGAGGGAGAUUUCAAGACAAGACCCAAGGUAUCACUUGGAGGAGCAAGUAAAAAGGAGGAGAAAGCUUCUCUGCUGCACCGCACUCAAGAAGAAAGAAGAAAAAGAGAGGAUGAACGAAAACGACUGAAGAAUGCUAUUAUCAUUCAGUCCUACAUACGAGGCUACCAAGACUUAAAACGACAGUAUGCCAUACAGAGAGCCAAGUUUGAUGAAUGUGUGACCCAGACGCAAGCAGCAGGAAGUCAGCAGGUCUUGGAUGGUCCUGGUCUCUGCCUCUUAUCGAGACAAUUGAUAUUUUUCUACAGACAGAGUGUGGAUUCACAUAGAUUGAUAUGGCUGUGCCACAAUCUGGUGAAACAUAACGGUCAGUUUGUAAAGCAGUUGGUCGGUCCACAAAGGCAGACAUGUGUUUUUCAAAUCAAGAGGAUUCUAGGCUUCUGCUGCAGACUCUUGCAGAACUGCACGGAUGACAGUUUAAAUGUGGCAAUUCCCAUGCGGAUGCUAGAAAUCUUUUCUUCAGACAGAACUUAUCUUCCUUGUAUUCCAGAUGCUAACUAUGUAGCUUCAUUACUCGAGCAGAUUUUGCACUAUAUGGUACAGAAAGGAUAUUACAGGUCGCUGUACAUUCUUGUGAAUCACAGACUCCCAUCCAGCUUGGAGUACAGUGACACUGCAUCUAUCCCUCUGGCAAGCACACUGUUGGAGCACAUCCUCAAACCUCUGCACUUUACCUACUCCUCCUGCACAACAGGCGCAAGGCAAUUUGUGUUUGCGGCCUUCACUGAGGAGUUUAUCUCGGCACCCUUCACCGAACAAAUCUUUCACUUCUUUAUCCCGGCGCUGUCAGACUUCCGUCUUUCAUUCCCAUUUGAGGCCUUCCUAAACUCCCUUCAAGCCACCAUAGGCUCCUCUUCAUCAGCACAAACCCAGGCUCCAUGGCUCUUUUACUUUGUCCUCUCUGCAGGAGAGAACUGCUUAGGCUCACUAUCAGAGGAGGGUCUGCUUCUGUACCUGCGAGCUCUGCAGACGCUGCUGCCGCUGCUGCCGGUGUCCGAGAGCAGCAGCAGGCCUGAAGUGAGCAGCGACUCAGAAGACGAGGAUGAAGCUGGCAUCCAUCCACCACCCAUGCAGGAUGAUAGCAGAAUCUCAGUGCAGCUGAUCACAGAGGAGUGUGUCCACAAGUUGGACACCAAGCAGCAGACCAAUGCGCUGCUGAACCUGGUGUGGAGGGAUUCGGCCAGCGAGGAGGUUUUUACUAUGAUGGCUUCCAUCUGUCACACACUGAUGGUCCAGCAUCGCCUCAUGGUGCCAAAAGUCAGACUGCUGUACAGUUUAGCUUUCAAUGCACGUUUCCUAAGGCAUCUCUGGCACCUGAUAACGUCUAUGACAACCAAAAUGAUCACAGGCUCAAUGGUGCCGCUGCUGCAGCUGAUCUCAAGAGGAUCUCCCAUGUCGUUUGAGGACUCUAAUCGCAUUAUUCCCCUUUUCUAUCUCUUCAGUUCUCUCUUCAGCCACUCACUGAUCUCUGUGCAUGACAGCGAGUUUUUUGGUCAUGAAAUGGAAGGUCAGACACAAUCCUCCAUGAUGCCCUUCACUUUGUUAGAGCUGGUGACACUGUCUCGCUGUCUGAGAGACGCGUGUCUAGGAAUCAUCAAGCUGGCCUAUCCAGAGACAAAAACAGAGCACCGUGAAGAGUACAUGGCUGCUUUCCGUAGUGUGGGUGUCAAGACAAACACAGAGGUUCAGCAGCGCAUCCAGGCUGAACAGAAACGCUGGGUGCAGCUAUUCAAGGUCAUCACUAACUUGGUGAAGAUGGUGAAAGCUCGUGACAUUAGACGACCCUUUUGUCCAGCAGGUCACUGGCUCUCUGAAGAGGUCAACAUUCGAGCCGAUAAGGUCACUCAGCUGUAUGUGCCAUCUGCCAGACACGUGUGGCGAACACGAAGGAUGGGUCGCAUCGGGCCACUUCAGUCAACACUUGAUGUUGGCUCAGAGCCUCCCCAGCUGUCUGUUUCUGAGGAGCGACAUCUGGCCAUCCUCACAGAGCUCCCUUUUGUGGUUCCAUUCGAGGAGCGAGUAAAGAUCUUCCAGAGGUUAAUCUUUGCUGACAAACGGGACGUGCAGGGAGAUGGACCAUUCCCUGACGGCAUUAGUGUCACCAUCAGACGCAACUAUAUCUAUGAAGACGCCUAUGAUAAACUCUCUCCAGAAAAUGAACCAGACCUGAAGAAAAGGAUUCGAGUCCAUCUCCUAAAUGCUCACGGUCUGGAUGAAGCUGGUAUCGAUGGCGGGGGAAUCUUCCGAGAGUUUCUCAAUGAACUCCUCAAGUCGGGCUUCAAUCCCAACCAGGGAUUCUUUAAAACUACCAACGAGGGUCUGCUGUACCCCAGCCCUGCUGCAGAGAUGCUGGUCGGAGACUCUUUCACAAGACAUUACUACUUUCUAGGCAGGAUUCUUGGAAAGGCGCUGUAUGAGAACAUGCUGGUAGAGUUGCCCUUUGCCAGUUUCUUUCUGUCCAAACUUUUGGGAACCAGUGCUGAUGUGGAUAUCCACCACCUGGCCUCGCUGGACCCAGAGAUGUAUCGCAACCUCCUCUUUCUCAAGAGCUAUGAGGGUGACGUGGAGGAGCUGGGCCUCAACUUUACAGUGGUCAACAACGAUCUGGGAGAGGCUCAGGUUGUUGAGUUGAAGCCAGGAGGAAAAGACAUUCCUGUGACCACAGCGAACCGGAUUGCCUACAUCCACCUGGUGGCCGACUACAGGCUGAACAAGCAGAUCAGACCUCACUGUCUGGCCUUCAGGCAGGGCCUGGCCAAUGUGGUCAACCUAGAGUGGCUGCGUAUGUUUGACCAGCAGGAGAUCCAGGUACUCAUAUCUGGAGCUCAUGUGCCAAUUUGUCUGGAUGACCUGAAACAGUUCACAAACUACUCAGGUGGCUACUCACCCACUCAUCCUGUAAUCCAGAUCUUCUGGGAAGUGGUAGAAGGCUUCACAGACGAGGAAAAACGUAAGCUGCUGAAAUUUGUCACCAGCUGCUCCAGGCCUCCACUGCUUGGCUUCAAGGAACUCUACCCGGCCUUCUGCAUCCACAACGGUGGGACUGACUUGGAACGUCUGCCCACGGCCAGCACAUGCAUGAACCUGCUCAAGCUUCCGGAGUUCUGCGACCAGCACCUGAUGAGGAACAAGCUCCUGUAUGCUAUCGAGUCCUCCGCUGGGUUUGAGCUGAGCUGAGCAGGGCGAAGGCUUCUCUGUCCCUGCAUCCAUGGACUUGACACCCCAGACAUGACAUGUUUUAGAAAAGAAACGACAGGAAAGGGGAAGGAAACAAUGAUGCACAGACCUGCCUGAUUUACUGUGUGUUUGUGUAUGUGUGUAUGUGUGUGUGCCAAGACGACUGAGGGAAUGAUCGCCCAUAGAAUGAAAGGGUGCGAGGAUGAAGGGGUGGGUAGAGAACCUUUUUUAUCCUUAUUACUUUUAAAUAUUUUAAAUGUAAUGUCAGAACACUUUAGAAGAACAGCAAUAGUGGAGUUUUGCAGGAGUCAUCAUGCGCUGAAACAAAAACAAGAAUCGAGUGGUAGCAGCUGCUCUCUUAUGUGAUCUAAAAUGAACAGAGAGUAUUUUUCACCAAAGAUUAAGUGGCAUCAUUAAAAAAAAAAAGGCAAUAUAAUGACAGAGGGGCAGACUGUAUGACUCUAAAGCCACUUUAUGGUGUGCCAAGGGCUGUAGAGGCGAGGGAGCUUUUGUGUAUAGCCAUCCUGCAUUGUCACAUAGAGGUCACCAAAACUCAGUCUAUGUGAUUUCUCAAGUGGUUAUUAUUAGUAUUAAUAAUAAGUGUCAUGUCUAAACCCAUACCAUAAGUGUGCACACGCCAUCUGAUGCUACAUGUGUGGAUAUGUUGAAGCAAAUGGCUUGUGUUGCUGUACUAGAGUGGGGGAGUGCAUUACAUGAUUAUGGAUUUGUGAAUAUGUAUAUGUUUACUCUUGUAUUAUUCAUUAUUUGUACAGGUUUGUUUUUCUUUCCUUUGUGUGAUGAAUGGAGGCCUCGUUUUCACACAUGCUUGCUAAGGUGAACAAUCUCUUCCCUGGUCAGCGCCCUAGAGUUCGCUCUUACGGAGCACAACACUCCGUCUAUCACUCGAGUACGGCUACAAAUGAUCAGUAUACUAACAGGGUGAAAAAGAGUGUAUGGAAAUGAAUAAACCAACUUUUCUUUUGCA